AUGGCACCACGCAGCGACGACCGCAUCAUGUCAGACCAGUCUAGAUUGGAGCUUAUCAAUAAGCAUCCAAUCGGAGAUGGACUCGGCACCUUUCGCUUUAUGUUUACCUCGUAUUGCACUCAAAGGAAUCUCGUGUCUACAGUGGACGCGCUUCGUCAGCUUGAUUACGAAGAACUUCGAGCCCUUUCCAGCGUCCUUGCAAUAUCUUUGGCGACCCUUCCGGUAUCGAACAUGCUUCACUUGACAUCUGGGAGGACCACCCUCCGCACGCAUCUUCAGAGACUUGGAAGUGCCAUCUCGUCCCCUCAUGCUGGCCACUGCGUCAUUGAUGACCUCAAGCCACUCCUUGAGAUGGCUAUGUCCGACCAAACUCGAGAUGAGCAGAUUUGGGACUUUCUUUCCACCACAGCUGUUGAGACGACGCCUCCUCCGCAACCAGCUGCAACUUCGCUGCAACAAACCCCAUUCCGGAGCACGAGCAGCGUUCUGAACUCGCCAGAACUCCGUCGCCAUAUGGAUCAACUUUUAACGCAAGAGCUAGGAAGCUUCUCCGUCGACGUUCCUAAUUUCUGUGACGUCUUCUUCGGCGGCAUCCAGGAGCUAGACAAUUUAUCUCGGACGGUCUUCAACCGGUGUCUUGAAGGCGAUGACCCCCUGUUCAACGGGAAGUGGACCAAAUGGCCAGUAAACCCAACACAAGAGAACGUCUUACCUUGGUUUACCGACCUGGUGCCAAAGCUAGAAGCAUUCGCAGCUUGUUCUGGUUCAGCUCCCACGCGCCGACGGAAGCUUCUGGCGCAGCCUAGGACACCACUUCUAGGUUCUACAGGUAAACGCAGCAUGGACAUUGGUUUUGUCAACAGUGACCUCGAGUAUGAACAAGCCGCUAAUCAUCCGAGACAUCGAUGGUCACACGUCCUUAUCGCUUGCGAACUAAAGUGCAACCCAAAGGCUGAUAUUGCAUCAGUUGCAUGGAUUGAUCUCGCAAGGCAGCACUACAUCGAGAUCGAACGAAAGGGUCAGAAAGAGCGUCUCAUCAUUGAUAAGGUUAUGAAACGCUCAUCAUGUGUCUCUGGUCGAGCCACCACUUGUUGGAAAGCUCACCAUGAAGAUGACCCAUCCACGCCACUUGUCAUCAAGGACUCAUGGCAGUAUAUCGAACGGGAUGAAGAGGGUGAGUUGAUACAAGAAGCGACUGAGAAAGGUGUGAGCUACGUCGCCAGAUAUUAUCACCAUGAGACUGUUCGUAUCGGCGCUUCCGAUGAUGAUGUCAAAGAUAAUGUUCGACGGGGACUUGAUGUUACGAAGGCACCGAGUCGUCAGUCAGGGCGGAAAAAAUUACUGUUGCGCGCGGUUCUUCUCACGUCUACUUCCAGCACUUCAAAAAAAGGGCAAGGCUCUGGCUCGAAACGACCAUCCAGUAUUGAUGACACCAUACUGCCACCAGCCAAGCGCUCGUGCUCCACAUCUUCAAUGACGGCAGCACCAAACCGUAUCCACCGGCGGGUCAUCGUUAGAGAUUACGGGAAGCCGAUCUACGAAGCAAGCACUCGAGCGGCUUUACUUGCGGCUUUCGAGUGCUGCGUAAGGGGACAUGAGUUACUUUACAAAGCAGGCUUCUUGCAUCGAGAUAUUUCAACCAACAAUCUCAUGAUAAACGAGGACGCGGAAAACUCAUCCUGGCCGGGCUUCCUUAUUGACUUCGACCAUGCUAUUAAAAUCCGGCGGGAUAGCGUAUCGGGAGCGAAGGGAAAGACGGGCACGAGGGCCUUCAUGGCUAUCGGUCUACUCAACGGCGAAAUUCAUUCUUUCAUGCACGACCUGGAGUCUUUUUUUUGGGUCCUCUUUUGGAUCUGCAUCCACUAUGAGGGCCACGGCAAAAGUGUUGGCACGGUUAAAUAUGAUCACUGGAACUAUGACAGCCUUGAGUUACUUGCGGACAUCAAGGCUGGUACGAUUGCUAAUGAGGCUACGUUCCUCAGCAGGUCGGAAACGUACUUCACGCCACAUUACAAACCUCUAAUCCCGUGGGGGCUGACGGAAGAGGCGAAUCAUGGGUAG